ACGACCGUUGUUGCAUGACUUUCUCGUUAUGCUUUUUUUCCCAUCACUAUUAAAUGAAGGUGAAAUACCUGCAAUUCUUGUAAGAGAGCAUGAAAGUGCAGUGAACAAUAUACACGAGUUGGAAGCUCGACUGACUCGUCUUGUUGGUAAUCAUCUACACAAGUAACGCAUUCAUAAAAUCCAGAUUUUGCCUGAAAUUCCCAUUUUUCAACACCCACGCCUGAACAGUAGAUAAAACAGGAAACCAGAACAAGUCAGUGGUUCAUUUGCAAAACAUUUAACUAUGUUUAGUUUUUACUCAAAUUCCAGAGAAACAUGUUUUUUGUGUUUAUAUUUUGUUGUUCACAUAUAUUCCCGAAAUAAAUACGUGUGAAGGAUUAAGCAGGUUGAGGCUUUUAAGUGACGUAGGUGAGAUGUCGAGUUUCUUUUGUGAGCAGACUCGGACCCACUACUCAACAGCCAUCAGCCAGUCUCCUCUCACACAGUCAUCACAUUCAGUUUUAAUGGGUAAAAAGUGGUGCUGUCCCACCUCAUUUUAACGAGAUUAACGCUGACAGCACCAGUAAAAAUCAGCCUUUAUAGCCUCAUCAAGGUUGAUUUGUAUAUCCACAGUGGGUUUGUGAGUCAUUCGCUGUAUAUUAGUUGUAUAAAACAUAUUUGCUGCUAUAAUAUCGCAUGUUCUGGGAGCUGGAUAUUCAGACACCUUAUCAAUAAUCCGUCAUGUCUUGCCUCUGCUGAGGUGAACAUACUGCUGCUCCUGGACCAGCACUCAGCACUUAUUACAGGAUUUUAGCAUCAGAGGAUGUGAGAUGCUGCCACACAUAUCAAAGAGCAGUGGCAGCAUUCAGCCUUCUGUAAAUAUUACCAGUGAAAUGCAACACAGAAACUUGUUAAACGCAUUUUCUUCCAGGUAUAAAGUUUUGUGGUGUUUUUAAAGCUAAACUAGACUUCUAACUGGGACUACCUUUGCUGCACAAAAUCCUUGUUUGCAUUACUGCAUCCAAUAAUUCAGCAUCAGUCUGAAAAGUAAUUGGCUUAGCUGUAAUAAGCUACUGUUUGUUUUCUCUAAGGCAGAAACCCAUUAAUGGAACAAAACUACUCACAAAUUAACAUGCAAACUAAGUAGAGACUGUCGUCUCCAAUAGAUAAACAGAUUAUGCAUGUUCUCGGAAGAGACUUCACAAGGUCACACCUGACUGCAGUGGGCUUGUUUAUCUAGGAUGGAUUCAUUUUCCAUGAUGUGCAGCUUGAAAGGAUUUAGCUCAAAGGCGUGGUGUUUAACUUGACCUUGAAUGUUUCCAUACAGAGUACUAAUGCCCUGUGAAUCUGACAGCUUUGUGAUAUACUUGACAUCAACACGUGAAGCAGCUCUGAGGAGGACACUGUUUAGUUUCACUAUGAUGCCACAACCAUGGACUUAAAAUCUGUGGACUCUUCUGGAAACUGUCCGUGUGCAUUGACUGCAUGCAUGCAACACGUCACAUUUCACACAGAUCGGGGAGCACGGUCAUGGGUCUGUGUAGGUUCUCUCCGGGUGCUCCAGCUUCCUCUCACAGACAUGCAGUUAGACGGGUUAGAUGACUGGUGAUUAUAAAUUGGCUGUAGGCGUGAAUGCAAGUGUGAGGGGUGUCUUUCUGCCUGUGCUGGCACUCAGACUGGUGAUCUGCCCCAGGUGUACCCCACCUCUCGUCCUAUGGCAGCUUGGAUAGGCUCCAGUCCCUCCCCAAAUUCAUGCUGUACUUGGACUGUUGACUAUAAAAGAACACACCCUGGUGUCACGGUCUGGGACCUGAGAUCAACACUUUGAACUUGAUCCUGCUGGGAGGAGCUUUCCGUCACCACAUACUCUUUACUGUAAUCCCAAACCGUGGUCACAAAUCCCCUUCUCAGGCAGCAGCCCCUCACUUUUUUGAUCCUUAUGUCACAUUCCUCACCUGGGCCACAGUCCUCCCCCUCUGACCCUGGACAAAGAAGACUGAGGUGGGGGGAAUGGGGGUGUUGGAUCAGUGUGAAGUUCAAUGGUGAAUUAGGCAGACUGGGGUGGAUUGCAUGACAGAUAAGUCGUCCUUGUUACUUUUUGUGUCCAAAAAUAAACUUUAUGGCAGAGAAAAUGUAAAUCUUUAACACUGGUCUUAAUCAUGCUUGUGAAUCUGUGAUUCUCCAGGUAGUAGUCUUAUUCUUCAUCCCAAGUCCAACUCAGUGCAGUGGUGUUGUCUCACCUCAGACAGUCUCUGCCACAUGAGAAACAAAGGACUUGCACCUUCUGUGCAGCAGCAAGCUUAGCUGAAAACACCCCCGAGUGUCUGUCAUUGUUCACACUGUGAGAUCUGAGGCGCUUGCUGAAGAUCAAAGACACUGGCGUCAACCAGCAGAUGGAUAUGUUCAUGUGUUUUUGUGCUGCCACAAUGUUUAAAUGAGACAUCUCUCUCAUGCUGAGCCUUCAGCUGUCUCGUUUGGUCCCUUUAUUUUAUCAUUCCUCCAGCCUCAAACAAAUGGACAGCCAGGCCAGUGCUUGGCUCAGGCCUCCGGGGGGGGGGGGGUUCAAGUGCAUCCUCUGGUGUUUAUCAGGCAGACUGGAGCGCUGGCACACAGUUCAGACUGAGGAGUCCGGAUGUUACCGUUACCAGAAGCCAUGCAGGGCUCUUUUGUGGUGCUGCUGCUACUGAGCUAUAUUUCCCUGCAGGCUGGAUCUGUAGCUGAGACAAACCUUCAGCCUGGAGUCAGAGUAUCAUCCAGUUCAGAAAAUUCCCCUCAAAGCUCGACUUUGCAGGCUGGUCCCACUGAGGUGACACCAAGGCUGGAUCCAGUGAGCAGCGCUUCCCCUUUGAAGUCACAUCCUGAUCCUCCCGUACAUGAUGGAAACGCCAAAGUAUUGAACAACCAUGCAGAUCUAGAUACAAAUACUACAAGUUCAACCAACAGAGAAGCAGACAAGCCAAAUCCUGAACCAAGGCCUCGCUCUUUGACUGGAACUGAGCAGCUUUCCAAGUCACGUCUUAACAUAACUGGGACAAAGAGCUCAGAAGCCCAAACUGCCGAGAUGACAAUUGCCAGCCCUAACACUCAGUCCGAGGACGCCACAGCUGCAGUUGCCUCAUCAGGAACUCACACAGAAACAAAAACAGAGACGGUUUCAUCUAUUGCUGCUUCAGGAUUCACCACAGAAUCAGCUUCUGUUGCUUCCACUGUGGACCCUUUAUCAGAAAAAGUGGAAACGGGCGAAAUUAAACAACAGGCUUUGUCAUCAGUGGUUACCAGUCCAGUCCCAGUUGUCACUGUUCCCUCCUUUAAAGACUUCAAAACAACAGAGGAAGACAUGUCACUGGAAAGAGCAGCUACAGAGGUCUUUGCUCCACCUCAGCUUGACCCCACCCCAAACCUUAUGCUUUUAACCCCCACACUACAAAGUGGAGAAGCUCUGAGUCCCAGGGUCACAGAAACUGUGAUGAGUAAUGUUUCAGCCAGUGAGAAAAUAGAAAAGGAGGAAAUGGAAGACAAGUUUGAGACUGUUUCACCCACAGGAAAAACAAUCCUGUUUCAAGGUGGAGAUGGAGUUAAUGGGACGGAGACGGAUGAAAAGGAAACAGAUCCAGAGGUGGAGGAAGGACAUGCAGACAGUGACAGGUUUUACAGUCAGCCCUCGCCUGAUUUGAUCUCCCAGUUUAGCACCGUAGGCUUCAGCAUCCAGUCAGAGAAUGAACCUCCACAGCAGACUGACAAAGCAGCGAAUCAGCCUCCUACAAACACAGUCAGACGUCAAACACCUGGAAUCAGAGGUCAAAGGGGAUUGCACGGUUUACCUGGUCUACCGGGACCACUGGGACAUAAGGGAGAUAAAGGAUACCAAGGCAUGAUGGGCAGGACGGGGCAGACUGGAUACAGAGGCCCUGUUGGUCCUGCUGGGAUGCCGGCUAUUGUUGUAUUUAAAACUUCUGAAGAAGAGUGGGAGGCUUUCAAGAAGAAGCAAAUUUACAAAAAGCUGGUAUCCUCGUGGCCGAGACUUAAAGGGCCUCCGGGUCCUCCUGGACCUCCUGGAGAUGAUGGACCAAUUGGACUACCUGGAAUUCCUGGAAAGCAAGGACCUAAAGGAGUUCAAGGAAUAAUCGGCAGUCCUGGUCCACAGGGUAUCCUGGGUCCCCCAGGCCGACCUGGAAGAGACGGGACCCCAGGACACAAUGCUGACCCGGGCCCUCCAGGUUUACCUGGAGAGCAGGGUCCCAAAGGCUACAAAGGAGAGCAGGGCAGCAAAGGGGAGCUGGGUGAGUGGGGUUAUCAGGGCGAGGCUGGAUCACAGGGAACCAGAGGACAGAAAGGAGACAAGGGAAAUAAAGGAGUCAGAGGCCACGCUGGGCUUCCUGGCUACAUAGGCACGUCCGGAGCAAGAGGUCCUCCCGGUUUCCCAGGACCAUCAGGGCCUUCGGGAGAAACUGGGGCUUUAGGCUUCUGUGGUCCGAGAGGCCCUCCUGGCAAAAUGGGUCCCAGAGGAGUAAAAGGUGUCCGAGGAAUUAAAGGACCACCAGGUCAUCAGGGUGAAAUGGGCCCCAGAGGAGCAGCUGGGUCACAGGGAGAGCCCGGUCCGGAUGAAACAGUUGGGUUUCCUGGUGUUCGUGGCCCUCAGGGAAACCCAGGCCCUAAUGGACCUCCAGGUCCUAAAGGUAGCACUGGUGAUCCAGGAGAUGAAGGGGAAAUAGGUCAACCUGGACCACCUGGACUAAACGGAGCCAAUGGGAAUCCAGGAAAACCUGGAUCCUCAGGUGAUCCCGGUGUCAAAUCCAGGAGAGGUGAGAAGGGGGAUCCAGGAUUCAAGGGAGACCAGGGUCCUCGUGGACCUCCAGGUAAACGGGGAUCAACGGGGCACGCAGGGCCGAUGGGACACGAGGGACUUGGAGGACAUGCAGGGCUACCAGGACUUCCUGGACCCACUGGCUUUGAUGGCAUCAUGGGAGAGCCAGGGAAGCAGGGAAAAGAUGGCUCCAAGGGAAACCGAGGACCAGCUGGUAUUCAAGGAAGUCCUGGACCUCGAGGCAAUAAGGGUCGGGAAGGUCGAGCGGGAUUUUCUGGAAUCCCUGGUCCUAUUGGACAAAUGGGGACAUCGGGAGAGAGGGGACUUCAAGGAGAACCUGGUAUUAAGGGGAAGAUUGGAGUCCCGGGGACGCCGGGUUCAAAAGGCCUGAAGGGAUUUAAAGGUCAUCUGGGCCACAAGGGGCAGGACGGCAGCCGUGGAGCCUCGGGACCUGUUGGUGCAAAUGGAGUAAAUGGAGAGGUCGGACUUCCAGGACUUAAAGGAAUGCCUGGAAAAACAGGACCUCCUGGACUCCAAGGCCCUGUAGGAAAGAGUGGAGAAUCUGGCAGCAGAGGAAUGAAGGGGACAUCGGGAAAGCCAGGAAAGAGAGGAGUUGUAGGUAAACAAGGCCCCAGUGGACUAACAGGAAGUAAAGGAUUUAAGGGUACAAGAGGAGAGGAGGGACCAAAAGGAAUACAAGGCCCCCGAGGAGAGAUGGGCAUGCCUGGACCACAGGGAUACAGAGGACAUCCUGGUAUCCAUGGCAACAUUGGACCAUGGGGUGAAGUUGGGCCCCGUGGUCUUCCAGGCGAUCAAGGUCCACAAGGCCCAGUUGGUCCUCCUGGAGUUACAGGUUACUCUGGUAAAGAUGGAAGUCAAGGGCCAUCUGGAUCAGGUGGUGCAAAAGGAGAUAAGGGAUCCAGAGGACCUGUGGGGCAGGAGGGAGUUGCUGGUCUCGAUGGUGAGGAGGGUCCAACUGGACAGAAAGGAUUUCAAGGGCCAGCCGGCCAAAAGGGCAUAUCUGGUGUUAAAGGAAACACUGGACCUCCUGGGCAGAGAGGCCCAAAGGGGUCUGAGGGUGAAAGAGGAAACCAAGGCUCACAGGGACCGAAGGGGCCACAAGGGACACAGGGAUACAGGGGUGCACCUGGAGAUAGAGGACAACAGGGGCACCCGGGACUCAAGGGUGAGGCAGGCACCAGGGGUUUAUCAGGCACUCCUGGGCCAUUUGGAGCUGGAGGCAAAACUGGGGCAGCAGGAACCAAAGGCCGGAAGGGGCUCCAGGGACUUGCUGGUCCUCCUGGUAAUAUGGGCCCUCCUGGACCAACUGGACCAUCACCAGCUGGAUUACCUGGCACGAGAGGUGCUGAAGGUAAAAGUGGAGUCCCUGGAGCAAAGGGCAGUCUUGGUGAAAAGGGUAUGCUGGGUCUUCCAGGCAUUAAGGGAGACGUGGGCAUCAGAGGUAUAAAAGGCAUAAAAGGCGAGCCUGGAACACGAGGGAAAGUGGGUACAAUGGGGAAGAUGGGGGUCAUAGGCUCUCCAGGUCCUAAAGGUCAAACUGGACCUGGUGGCCCUCCUGGUCCUCCAGGAACUAAAGGAAUCCAGGGGCCAAAGGGAAAAGGUGGUGAGACAGGAAGUAAAGGGACAAAAGGAGCUGCUGGGGAAAUUGGACCUGAAGGCCUGCCUGGGAGGUCAGGACCUUCUGGACCACCUGGAAAACCUGGACUGAGUGGUCUGGAUGGGCUGCUGGGAGUUCAGGGUAAUGAAGGAGAUCCGGGUGACGUUGGUUACAGAGGAGCUCCUGGAACACCAGGCAGGCCUGGCAAGAUGGGAAAACCUGGAUCUCCUGGGAUUAAGGGAAACGCUGGAGAAGGCGGGGUUAGGGGUAAAAGUGGUCUAAACGGAACACAUGGGCCUCCUGGACCAGUUGGGCCAAAGGGUUUUCCAGGGCUGAGAGGGGAGAAAGGGGAAUCUGGAAGUCUUGGCACGAAGGGUCUCCCAGGUGAUACAGGGAUACUUGGACCAAUAGGUCCACCUGGAUUAAAGGGGAAUCCUGGUUUGCAGGGAUUUAAAGGUGAAAAAGGUGAUAAGGGGAAACAGGGGGACACUGGUCCUCGUGGUCCACCCGGGCAGGAAGGCUUCUCAGGAAUCCCUGGCCACCUUGGAAUGAAAGGGAUGAAAGGUGUCCGAGGCAGGAGAGGUCCAAAGGGAACGAAGGGCAAACCUGGACCUCAAGGAAAACCAGGAGCCCCUGGCAAAUGGAAGCCUAAGCAAAGACCUGUUAAAAAAUAUAGUCUUCAAACUGUACAGCGUUCAAAGCAAAGCCCCGGGCUCCUGAAGCAAAGCGAAGGGCAAGAAAAACCCAGGGGAGUGACAAGGAGAUGGUCUCAAGAAGAUGAAGCAGAGGAGUUUUUCAGCUGGCCCCUGGGCACCAAAGACGAUCCUGGAACCACCUGCCAUGAGCUGAGACUCCUACAUCCACAUCUAAAUGAUGGUUACUUUUACAUGGACCCGAACCAAGGCUGUCCCUGUGAUGCCUUGAAGGUCUUCUGUAACUUCACAGGAGGCGGAGCAACCUGCAUAGAACCUCUUCACUCACAGAUGAAAAUAUGGAGGGACCCAGAAAUGAAGAACCUGAGGACAUUGGAAAGAUUUACUCACCACCAAAAAUUUGAUUAUCCUGGCGUGGAUGCUGUCCAGCUAAAGUUUCUGCGGUUACACAGCCACUCAUCUUUCCAGCACAUCACUCUCAGCUGUACAGAAAACCAGACAAGUACUGCUGCCGCAGAUUUAGCCGGUCAGAUUAUCCACUUACUGGGAGACUCUGGCAAAGAAAUCGAUUCACACUUUGUCACAGUGUCCAGAAAACACUCUGAGCUGGCGCUGUUUGUGAGGGUUCGAGGAGAUAUGGAAUUACUUCCUGUCAGACAUCUGGGUGUAGAGAUGAGCAGUGUCUCCAAGCUUGUCUCCGAGAUCUCUGUGGUAUUGGGACCCAUCUGCUUCUUGUGACCGGUGUGUCUGGGUGUGAUGAAAGUCUUAAGAGCUCAAGAAAGAAGGCAGCUGGAUGUCUUUAGGAUUGUGAAGACAUUUCACAUCUCAUCCAGUAUGCUUCUUCAGUUCUUAAAGCAACUGGUGGAGACUCCCAGGAAAAUAAACCCCAGUGGUGGGUGUCCUGUGUGGUUGUUAACCCAGUACUGAUCAUAUGAGCCAAGGUGUGAUAAAAGGCUUUAUUAUUCCAGCUUUCUAUCAUCCAGAAAGCUGGAAUAAUAUAAAAUAUCUGUAUUUUAAAUGGAUAAUAAAAAAAAGUGCUCAGUUUUGUAUUUUGUUGUAUAUUUAUUCAGUUGUAAAAUUGUUAGAUUUUUGGCAUACGUAACAUUUUUGUUAUGAAAAUGUAGCAUCAAAUGUUCAGUUGAGUUUGACUUAUAACUUUGUAUUUACACUAAAAGUCAUCGUUUUUUACUUUGUCCUCAGCUCAGGGGAAUGCCGUCCCGCACUAUCAAAAUAAACGAUGGCUCUGAAUGAAACCGAGCCCUGUGUUUUGUUUGUACUGAGCCUGCGCACAUCACACAGUAAGGGGUCAUCUUCAAAUAGUUACAAAGUAAAACCUAAGUAAUUGUGUUGAUGUUUGCUAGGCCUAGCGCCACAUCCCUACGUUCCCAGUAUUGUGGAAGCACUGGUUUGUGGACAGGUUUGCAACUUCUCAACCAUCCAAGUGCGGUGAUGUCAACAAAUUUUAAUAUUCUUGGGAGAAAAAAGAGUGACUGGAGUAUGGCAGCUGGAUUUGGCUGGGUUCACAAUAGAGAGAGACAACAUGUCUUUUAUAACAAGCCUGUUGGGAAAUUCUUCCAUUCUCAGUGUCCUAAUUCACUCUUGAGCCUUUGGAGAGACUUAAUCAUGUGCAUCACAGACCACAGGAAAAUCCAUGGUUAUAUGCACCAUCCUUAUGAUGUCUGAUACAGUGAAUGUCUUGUUGUCUCUUUGAAAUUAACCGUUUUGCCACAGUAGGCUCAUGAGACCAGUUAUAUGAAGGUUUGACAACAUGUCACGCUCUA